UUGAUGCAGUCAGAAAAAAAUAGCCAUCUAAUGCAGUUGCAUUUACUUUCUGCAGGUCUUCUAGUCUCAAUCUUCCUACUCUUCAGUGGAUUUGUGAUCUACCCUUCCAACAUGCCAUAUUACUGGAAAUGGCUCAUGUAUGUGAACCCAGUUCACUGGGCUAACGUCUCCUUCUGCAGGUUCCAAUUCAUUGAGGGUUACCCAGAUCCUUGCUCCAACUACCUUGGCCAACUCCCAUUUUGUGACCAAUUCCCAACAAUGACAGUUGGGAAAGCAUACCUGGCCUUUCAUGAGCUUUCUGAAGAUUCUAAGAGACCUUGGCUACCUUAUGUCAUUCUGCUAGGAUGGAUUGCCUUUGCUAGUAUCUUGACACUAUUAGGGCUAAAGAACAUAGAAUUUGUGGAGACAAGCCAGUCAUUGCCCUAUGUCAGAAAGUCCACCACGGUUUACAAUUAUGAAGAAGAUGCAGACAGUGAAUCUCAAUCUAACUACAGUUUCAGUCAGAAUUCUGAAAAAUAUGAUGCUUCCACGUAUCCUUCACCGCAAAAUUCAGGGACAAUUUACAGAAAAAUGAAGAACAACGGCACAGUUGAUGCAUGGAUGGAGCAAUUUCGUGUGGAUAUAGAGAGGAACGGGCUAGGAAUUCCUGUGGAGCCAGUGACUCUCCUAUUUGAGGGUUUGUCAUUCACAAGGUACAAUGAGGGAAAUAAAGAAAGGAGCUCAGUUUUCAGCAAUAUCACAGGCUAUGCCGAACCCCAGAACAUGCUAGCUUUACUAGGCGGUACAAGAACAAAUAAGGCCACACUGCUCAAAUGCCUGGCUGGUAGGGUCGCUUGUACAGGCAACCUACAGGCAAAUGGCUUCAGACCAGGAGCUCCCUUUUGUCGGUUAAUUGGGUAUGUUGAGAAGCUUGAUGCCCAUCAACCUUACCUCUCUAUACGUGAAUCUCUUCAAUUCAGCGCUGCACUCCGUCUAGGAAAAGAAGUUGGCUCCAUGAUGCGUAACAUCCAUGUUGAGCUGGUCCUCAGCCAGCUUGGUUUACUUCCGUAUUCGAACCAGCUUGUAGGUUCCCUCUGCGACUCCACUGGAAAGACAUUUGAAAUAGCCAAAAAGUUAACAAUUGCAGUUGAGCUGGCUGCAAAUCCAAGCAUUCUCCUUCUAGAAGAGCCAAUAUUGGGCCUUGAUACCACUGGAACUUCGACUGUCCUCAAUGUUCUAUCUAAAGUGUCCCGUUCUGGUCGAGUCAUUAUCGCCACUCUUACACAUGCUAAUGGACGGAUACUGUCCUCUUUCGACCUGGCUCUCAUCUUAACAGAAGAAGGGCAUCAAGCAUAUUUUGGCCCGGUGGGAUAUAACUGCAAUGAGUUGCUGGAGUAUUUCACAUCAAUCCCGAAGGCCCCUCGUUACUCUGAAAAUGCAACUCCAGUUAACUUUGUUAUGAGAGCUCUUGGCUUAGGUAUACGAAAGGGGCAAACUCCGCAAAUAAAUUACGCAGAGAUAUAUCAAACUAGUUUUUUGCAGGAGAUCAACAGCAAAACAAUCAGCAAUGCAAAGAAAUUGAUCAAGGAAAGAGCAUCAGAGGAUCAAUUUUCCACUUACUCAGCUCCAUAUUCACGGCAAGCCAUUUGGGUUUUGUUAAGAACACAGAGAUUCUUGUGGAGGAAUGUGCAGUACACAUAUGGUAGACUUACAGGCUGCAUAAUGAUUGGACUCUUGAUGGGAUCCUUGUACUAUCGAAUUGAAUACAAGGACACAUAUGGUGCAACUUCACGUAUGCUAUACAUAUACAUGCAAGUUUUACUCAUCGGAGUGAUCUCAGCCAACAAUGUUAUUCCCCAGAUUGGCACAGACAGGUUAGUCUAUUUCCGGGAGAAAAGGGCUGGAAUGUAUCUUCCAGUAUUUUACCCGGUAUCAUGGGCAGUUGGUGAGAUCCCAUAUAUUUUCAUUGCUACACUUGCAGUUGUAGGGAUAGGGAAUGGUAUGGCAGGAAUUGGAACAGGAUCCAUGGCAGAAUUCCUACAGUAUUGGUUAGUACUCUUCAUUUUUACUUUGUGUGUAACAUAUUUCGGGAUGAUGAUAACUUUCCUAGCACCACUGCCAACGCUAGCCGCAUUUGCAGUGUCAAUUGUGACAUCAAUGUGGGUGUCAGCUUCUGGUGUAGUUGUUGUCCUAUCCGACAUAAGGUUCUACCGAUGGAUGUAUUGGAGCAAUCCAUUCCAAUUUGCAAUGAAUGUGAUGACCUCUAUCAGUUUCUACUGCAAUACAAAGGAGUGUGCAGCAAAUUGUGGUUGCCCAAGGUUUCCAGACGGUUCGUAUGUGUGGGAUAAAUUGGCAUUGUUAAGAAGCUUGGAUCAUGGAAGGAUGGAUACAGACAUACUCAAAUUGUCUGCAAUGUGUGUACUGUUUGCCAGUCUAGCCUUCAUCUUCUUUAUUGUGCUGAAGCACAACUCACCUCCACAAUCAUAGAUCCAUUGUAAGAAUCAGAUGGAGGCAAGUUCACUGAACAAGAUUUUCCAUGUAUAUUCAUUUUUUAAAACAAUAUUCAUUUAGUCUAGAUGUUCC